AUGAAUCCUGGUCUAUGGGGAUGCCUGAUACCCUGUGGACUGUCAUAUUGGUGCGAGAGUAAGAGUGGCAGUGAUCCAUGCAUUACUACGGAGAUGGGUGCAACAGCGUCAACGGACUGUCCCGGCUCUAGUGGCGUAGGAGGUGGAAGCGGUGGAGGUGGAGGAGGAGGAGUAGGUGGGAACGGUAUCGGUGCAGGUGGUGGAGGUAUGCUGGGAUUGUCGGGGAUCACUUCCACUGCCGGAAUCACCACCACACCGUUAACGUCCGCCAACGGUAGCGGUGGCUCAGGAUAUGGACCAAUGUGCGGCGUGGGCGGUGGAUCGGGGCCCGGGGGUUCAGGUGGCGGGCCCGGUGCGGUAGUACGCGAGCGCCGCAAAAAGGUGACCGGUUUUGCGACGCUAAAGAAGAAACUGAUCCGACGACGCCGGUCGUCGAAAGCCUGUGAUCAUGGUCGGGUGUUGCGCGAGUUCGUGUCUAGCUGGAGCCCGAUGGAACUGUCCGCACUGCUCGAGGAGUACGAAUCGCUGGCGGCACUGAAAGACCUCUCGGUACAGGCAGAAUUGGCUCGGCCACCGGCGACCACAUUCAAGCAAGAUUUGGCCAGCCUGUACGAUUUCAAGCACUGCACCGAUUGCGAUCUCGUGUUCCGCGGUACGGUGUUUCCAGUGCAUCGAGCGAUCCUAUCGGCGCGCUGCUCUUACUUUCGCGACUUGCUCGCCGGCUGUCCGGGGUACGGGGCGCGCAUCUGUCUCGAGUUGCGCUCAUCGCCGGUAGAUGUGGCAAUGUUUUCAUCGCUGCUGCGCUACCUCUACACCGGGGACCUGUGUACACACGAUCCGACCAUAGAUGUAAGUCUGUUACGUAGGUUAGGGGAAGAUUUCGGCACACCGAAUCCGCUGGAGAAUGAUCUGCGCUAUCUGCUGGAGACGGGCGAUUACGCGGACGCAGCGAUCGUGUUCACCUCCGAGGGCGGGGAUUAUCAUCGGCCCGAUUCGGGCAGCUCGGAGUAUGGCUUUCGGCCGAAGUUGGAGUUACCGUGCCACAAGGCGAUAUUGAGCGCCCGUUCGCCGUUCUUUAAAAAUAUGAUCCAGCGACGAACUCGCAAUAUCUCCGAGGAGCAUCAGCUGCACGGGACGGACCGAUCGCUACAUGCUACAACACGCAUCGUGCUGGAUGAGGGCGUUAUCCCGAAGCGGUACGCCCGGGUAUUGCUGCAUGCGAUCUAUCUCGAUACAGUCGAUCUGUCGUUGAUACUGCGUGGCAAUGGAUGUGGUAGCGGUGCUGGCAGUCUCGGUGAGGUACAGGCGCUGACACACACCGGUCGUGCUAGGCCGUCACCGCUCGAGGAAGCGAUGGAACUGUACCAGAUUGGACGGUUCCUCGAGCUGGACAUACUGGCGCAGGGCUGUGAGGAUUUAAUUCUAGAAUGGCUAUCGCUCGACACACUGGCGACGGUGCUGCGUUGGGGCAGCCAGCCGCACGGAUCGGCCUGGGUGUACCGGCAAGCCUGCCAUUAUCUUCGCGAAGAAUUCUCGGCAAUCGUCGGUUCACCGGUGCUAUUUCAAUUAGACAAAUCGCAGCUGAUCGAAGCUUUGCAGAAUAACUUCCUGCAGGCGUCCGAGCUGGAGGUAUUACAGGCGGUGCUAAAGUGGGGCGAACAGGAGCUUAUUCGCCGGAUGGAAGAUCGAGAACCAAAUCUGCUCUCCCACACGGCACAUUCCGUUACCCGGAAGGGCAUAAAGAAGCGCGACUUGAGUGAUGUUGAGCUGCGGGAAAUACUGUCCGAGCUAUUGCCGCACGUGCGCAUGGACCAUGUGCUGCCACCGAACAACGAAAUCCUCAACCAGGCGAUACGGCGCGGGCUGGUCAGUACACCACCGUCCCAUAUGAUCGGCGACGAGCGGGAGAGCUUGCGUAUCAAUGCGUGGAUCCGGGGCGGAAAGAACCAUGGGCUAUUUGUGCGACCGCGACUCUUUAUGCCUUACUACGAGGAGGUGAAGGUGCUGCUGGAAGAUCACAUCGCUUCGCAGCAGAUUGAAUUGCUACGGAUGAGACGGUCGCGUCAUCACAUGCCGGAUAUUCCGGACACGCUGUAUAUGGUUUCGCGGCUAAACAGUAACGCCGGUACCACGCUUGGUGGUGGUUCGGCUGCCGGUGUGGAUGUGGUCGCUGCUACGACCGCACCGAUCCCCGCACCAGACGCACAAACAAUGGAAUCGAUGCAGAAGCGGGAUCAGAAGCUACGCCAAGCGCCCGGUUGUCAGCGGGCGCUCGCGUUACCGCUCUCGAGUCGGUCGGAGAUUACGCGCCAGAUACGGCUGCGUGUGGUGCGAGAGUUUAACUUCCCGGAUGAGGUGGCGGAUCUGCUGGAGAGCGCCAACUGCUACUGCCAUGACGGGGAAGCAAACGGGGCGAACAAAGGUCCGACCGAUUAUGACCAUGACAGUCACCAUCAUCACCAUGCGCAUCACCAUACACACCAUCGGCACGAUUUGCACGCCAGUCAGCAAUCACUGGACGAUGAAUCGACGCCGCCUCCAUCACCGGCCAUGCCCAGCAGCGACAUUGAAGCGCAGGCUGCAGUGCAUUGUUUCGGUCGCAACAUGACAUUCCCCCGGCAGCAGGCACAGCAACAGCAAUACCCUGCCCAGCAGCAACCACCGUCGUCAGCACAUCACUCACAGCGCCCAUCGAUGGCACCACAUUCAAUGCUGAACCACGGUGUGCACGGAUCAAGCGGUAGCGGUAACGGUGGCUCUGGAUCCGCAGGCAUUCAUGCGUCGAUGAAUAAUCCACUGGCACUGAUCAGUGGAACGCACCGCCGGCAGGAAUUGCCGUCGGUUAUCCCGGGUGGUGACAUUGUGGCGUAUCGUUUGUCGGCCCCGGCCGGUAGUGGGGCUGUUGGUCCACCGGGCGGUAUCGGUGGCGGUGGGCUAGACUUGAGCGAAAUAGGAGCCUGCUCGGAUGGGCAUCUUUCGGACGUGAUGCCAGACGUUGCCAUGGCAACGGCAUCGCUUGGUCAGCUGCAUCUAGGUGGUGGCGGUGCUGCAUCAGGCAAUGGUGGUGGUGUAGGAAACGGAUCGGAUGUACCGGAAAGUUUGCAUCUGGAUUUAGGCGAUGGGCCGAGUCACAUGAUUGGUGGUGCGGCUAUCGGUGGACUUCAUCACAACAUUUCGCACCAUCGCAUGACACCCGCAACGACGACAUUCCAUCACUACAUGACGCGAAACCUGUUGAACCCAAUUCAUCCAUCCACAUCCCAGCAAUCGACAUCACAAUCUCAGCAGGGGGUGCAUCACUCGGCACUGCAACCAUCGGCAUCAUCAUCUUCCUCGUCCUCCUCGAUGCUUUUGGGUGGUCACUCCGCUUCCUCCCAACUUCACGGAUCGCAAGCAUCGCUUGCACUUGGUGGACAACCGCAACAGCAGCAGCAUCAGCAACAUCACGGUUCACAGCAAUUAUUAAAUGUGGGAUCUUCCACACAUCCGCAACAACAGCAGCAGCAACAACAACAUCAACAGCAGCAGCAGCAGUCAUCGCAGCAACAAUCAUUGGCGCAGCGGUCUUCCUCACCGUACACGUUGCAUCGUGCCAGCCCGAGUUUGCCCCAUAGUUCAUAUCACUCCGGACCACCGCGAUUCUUAUAGAAAAGGCUACACGUUUAUCCCGAUCGAAAAUGCCUCUUCGUAAUGCCUUUCUAAACAAAACAAACAA